UGGCGCUGUGGCCGCCAGACUAACAUCCACUGACAAGCGCUUUCUCCGAAGAAGUGGACGAGUAGGAAGCAAACCUGCAUCUGGUUUUUGUUUGUUGCAGAUUCAACGUUAGCUACAGACGAGUUUGUCUAACUUGGUUUUGUUUGCGCUUGCUUUACAUUACAGCCUUGGAUUCCUCCUGUUAAAUAUGACUAUAUUGUUUUUAAGGACCGUGUGCGAGCAGCUGGUGUCUCAGUGAGCCGCGGCUUGUGGUAGUCUAGCACCCUUGUAGCUAACGUUAGCUUGCUAGCGUCAAACCUGGUUUGAUUUUUGAAGAUGAAUUUGCUCAAAAACAAAACGUUGCACCCACACUUGCGCGACGAGGAAGCUCUCGUGGUGGAAAACGCCAUCCGGCUGGCGAUAGACUCGAUAAUAAACGUGCUUUACGGUGUCAACAGUAACAGGACUCAUGAGUAUCAGCGGAUGGUGGCUGACAGGGACAAAGAGAUCCAGCGGCUGGAGGACAGGCUGACGGAGAUAGAGCACGAGCUGCAGGUGCUGCGCCUACAGGGCUGCACCUGCGGGCUGUUUGGAAAAGAGAACAGCCUCGUUGGAUCCCAGCCCUCCGGUGAGCCCCAGACGGGAGAGCACAGCGGGUUUGAACCAUGCUGUGUUGACGCUGAGAUCACAGCGGAGGAGCAGCAGUGUGAAAUGAGCAUCUCUUUUGGCCUUUUUGCAAGACCCCCCUCACAUGUGUCCUCCCAAAGCCAGGAGUCAGCUCUCCCAUCAUCCCCCAGCAGAAUGGCACUGGAAACCUGCACCUCCCACUCCUCAGUGUCCUCGGGUGUAUCCGAGGCAGCCAGGAAUCCGUCAACAUCUCCCAGCAGCCUUGUCAUCAAAGAGGAGCCGUGUGAUAUCGACACCGUUUUAAUCAAAUGGGAAAUGAGUGAAGAGAGACUUGGGGAGCAUCCGGAGAGUACAUGCAGUCCUUGUCAGGAAAAAGAGAGCCCCAGUGUAAAAAAAAAACUGGAGAACAACGGGAGAAGGAAGUUUAAAGAGAAACCUCAUGCAGAUCCAGACGAACAAUGCGACCCUCACGAAGAACAGCCGAGGAACAAGAAGAAAGGCGUGCCGAUGUCAGAGCUGCCAGAUGAGGCUCAGAGACAGAAGAGGGCAGCCUGGAGAGCAGCUUCCAGGCGGUACUACGCCCGAAAAAUAGCACGCCAACAGGCAAACCCCUCACGCUCCGGCACCUUCCCCUCACGCUCCGGCCCCUUCCCCUCCCCCCCACGCUCCGGCCCCUUCCCCCCACGCUCCGGCCCCUUCCCCCCACACUCCGACACUGGGUAUUCACACCCCGUCUCUUUUGUGGAUAAGAAAAGAAGGACACUGGUAUCUGAGUUACCUGAAGAGUCUCAGUCGUUGCAGAGGGAGGCGUGGAGAGCCACGUCCAGGAGAGACUACGCUCGAAAAAGCGCUGACCCUCAGACCGGGUCCACACAGUACGGACACCUGCUCCAGAACAUAGAGCCGUCUGGAGAAACACUUGGACCCAACAGAGGAGGCUCCAACACCAACAGUGGAGAAAUAAUGUGCAGCUGAUAGACAGUUAUGCUGUUGAUGAGAUGUUCUAUUCUGCACAUUUAAAGGUAAAUUUCAUUGCAUACAAACAAUCAGAACAACACUUCGAUCAUGUUACCUUGGUUCUAAUUUCUCAGCGUUUUAUUUGUCUUCAUUUCAGCCUUCUUUAGUAUACUGCAUCGCAUGCCUGUGGAAAACUCUAACUGCAAAUGAAGAUUGAAUAAAUGUAUUCUGCGGCAAUAUGAAGAUAUUGUAGAGUAGUACUCAUGCAGCACUCCUGGAGUCGUCUAUAACUACAAUCGAGGCAUCAUUUUUAGUCAAUUAUGAGCUUAACAUUUCUGUGUAAAUGACAGAUUAAAGAUGUAGGGUUACAUUUUUACUGGGAUGACUUAAAAUGUAUUUUUGUUCAUUUUUUGGAAUAUUUUAAAUAAAGAUAAUUUAAUAAAGUUGA